CAUCAGACAACGCAUCAUCUACCAUCCAAUAGGUAGACAAUGAGCGGUUGAGUCACAAACGUGCGUGAAAGGUAAAUCGCGCGCGACCGUUUGUGUGUACUAAUUAAACAGUGGCGGAUACCUACGAUCCGUGGCAAUUUAAACCAGAGCUUCGCAGCUGACAGAGGGUUUGCGGACAAACUCCAUUCAUUGCUAUCCUCUUUCUCAAGGAAAGGUCGCUACCCAUCAAUAUGCUGGGCGAUGCGAAACUGAAUUCCCUAGACACGCGUCUAGAGCAGUUCAAACUCAGUAAUGCCACUACCCAACAGGAGCUACAGACCCUUCUCAAAGAACACACUCAAUUGCUGGAAGAUUACAAAGUACUCAAGGCUCACAAGAUAGCUGAGCAACCUCAAGCCAACGGCGGGUCGAGCGCUUCCACCCCGUUCAAUGAGAAACCCCGCUAUCCGUACGCUCUCGUUCUCAUCGACGGAAAUGGAUACAUCUUCAACGACGAACUUGUCAAAGAUAAAGAAGAGGGUGGGAUGCGUGCCGCACGUAUGCUCACCGAUGUUGUCGAAAAAUUACUUCGGGAACAUCCCCAGGCUAGAGAUUCGCGCCUAGUCGUUCGCAUCUACGCAGAUGUCACGAAUCUGUCGAAGCAGCUUGCGAAGACAAAACUGAUCGGGCUAGAGAAGCGAAGUAUCAUGCCUUUCGCUGCUGGAUUCUCAAGGGCGAUGGCUCAUUUCGAUUUCGUGGAUGCUCUUGAUGAAGAAGGCACAAGAUUUAAGAUUCGAGAAACCUUCAAAGUAGCCGCUGAGGACACAGCUUGUUGCCAUAUACUUUUUGCUGCUUGCCAUGACACCAACUAUCUCCCGCAAUUGGUUCCAUACAAUGGUCUACACAAGAAGAUCACACUUGUACAGGGUGCAGGGUUUGAGACGGACUUCUACCAGCUGGGGCUGACCAUCGCCCAAUUCCCUACCAUCUUCAGAUGGUCUGAACUGGCACAGGCUCCGCCUACGAUUAAGGGAUCAUCAAUGGCGCGAACGACGUCGACUAAAGCACCGCCGCCUGCACCACCCGCUGCGAGACCAUCGGCCCUAGAUCGAGACGACUGGCGCCACACUUCUGUCAAUGCAGAUGGGAUCUCGUAUAACUCGAACGGUGUCAUCGUCAGCAUUCCAGGCUUCACUGCCGACAGCUCACCCGCAAAACAGGGACACAAGAAGACCAAACCCUGCAAAUAUUUCCAAAAGGGCUUCUGCCGUUGGGGCAACAAAUGCAGCUUCAUCCAUGCUCCUGAGCACGUAGUUCCCAACCCGCAAAGGUCCUCUUCCCCAACCACGACGUCCGGCGCUGACCGCGAGAAUGUCUCGUCGUAUCUACCAUCUACCGUACCCCCAGGCUUUGUGGCCCUCAACAAAGACGGCCAUCGCCUGGACACUUACAUCCGCCCUCCCACCCCCGAAGAAUGGCUAAUAUACAACGCGCGCUUCCACAAGCAAAAGCCCUGCAAUGCGCACCAUCUCUCUGGCACCUGCAAUAACUUCAAUUGUCCGUUCGAUCACCAUCCGCUCGAAGUCGAGACACAGCAUUGCCUCGAGUACGUACUGAAGAGUAGCCCGUGCCCGAGGAGGGGUACGUGUAGAGACAGAGAUUGCUUCCACGGACACGUGUGUCAGAAGGAUGGAUGUGUGGGCUAUCACAAAGGCUGCAAACUAAAGGCCGAUGCACAUAAUGCUGACCCGAAGUUGGCGAGCAUGGUGCCAGCAACUACGGGUGAUAGUGUCCAUGAAGAUACUAUCGGAGUGGUUGUUGGCGGCGGUGGCGUAUACGAAGCGGCGUGGUAGUUGAGCGCUAGAUAAUUUGGCGUUCGCGACCACCGUGAACAGUAGUGGACUGGUGGAGACAUGGGCUUGAAGAUGACCAAGGUGCAGAGAAACUACUUGCCAAACACAAGAGUCUUGCUGGGCUUGCUGCUCUGCACAAUAUUUUAGACGAAAGGAACAUCUAGACUAGAGUCGAUUAAGAUUUACCCAUGAUAGUUAGUCCUAUGUACUAGCGUACAACGUUAGCUAAAAGAUAAGUUCGAGA